ACAAAGUCAUCUCAAAAGACACCAGCUCAUUCACACUGGAGAGAAACCGUAUCAGUGCUCACAGUGUGGGAGGAGUUUUACUGAACAGAGUAAACUCAAAAUACACCAGCGCAUUCACACUGGAGUGAAACCGUAUCAGUGCUCACAGUGUGAGAAGAGUUUUAACAGACAGUAAUCUCUUAAAAAACACCAGCGCAUUCACACUGGAGAGAAACCGUAUCAGUGCUCACAGUGUGGAAAGAGUUUUAAUGGACAGAGUGAUCUCAAAAGACAUCAGCGCAUUCACACUGGAGAAAAACCAUAUCAGUGCUCACAGUGUGGAAAGAGUUUUAAUACACAGAGUAAUCUCAAAAAACACCAGCGCAUUCACACUGGAGAGAAACCGGAUCAGUGCUCACAGUGUGAGAAGAGUUUUAAAAGUGCAGAAGAAGUUUUAGCUGAAUUGGAACGACUGGAAGAAGAAGAAGAAGAAUUGCAGGUAUCCGAAGAAAGUGACUACGAUUCGUUUGAAGAAGACGCUUUUUUUCAUGGAGAAGAUGCUGUUCUUGACUACAAUUCUGAGGAUUCAGGUGAUGACUGGGUGCCAGCUGCUCAGACUAAGAGAAAGAGGCAUUCUUCCCCACCCCACCCUGAAUCCACAUCAAGGACCAAUCACGCAGAUCCAGAAAGUACUGUGACGUCUGUCGAAGAGGUGCCAAGUACUUCAUCCACCCACCUCCCAACAAUACAGAAGACCAGGUCAUCAGCAACACGUGCGAAGAGGCAAUCAAGAGGACGUUCUCACCGAGUUCCUGCACAAACAAAAAGGCCAGGCAGUGUUUCUACAACCGAAGAUGAAGAUGAUGUUUGGCAUGACAUCACUGAUGUUGAUGAGGCACCCAGCAUUCCAAAAUUUUUGCCAAAGCGACCUCCAGGGCUACAGCUUCUAUCGAACACUGUAUAUUCCCCACUGCAGUUGUUUCAGCUGUUUUUCAGUAUGUCUGUGGUGAAGACUAUUGUAGAUAACACCAAUAAGUAUGCUGAGAUCAGAGCAGCUGCAAAUCCAUCUUACAAAUGGAUUCCUCUCAGUGUUAGAGAAUUCUACAAAUUUAUUGCAUUGGUAAUAUACAUGGGGAUUGUGAAACUAAAAUCUGUUGCAGACUACUGGUCUGGAAAGGAAUAUUACCGCCUUCAUUACACAGCAAAAGUGAUGACAGGCAAAAGAUUUCUGGCAAUCUCUAGUAACCUGCAUCUGUGUGACCCAAAAGAGGACGAAGAUAACACAAGGAGAAAGGGAACCUCAACAUAUGACAAACUUUUCAAAUUGAAGCCACUGUAUACAGAGUUGCUGACAGCAUGCCGGACAUAUUUUCAGCCGGACAAGGACAUUUCGAUUGAUGAGCGGAUGGUAGCCUCUAAAGCAAAAAUUGGCCUGAAACAAUACAUGAAGGCAAAGCCAACAAAAUGGAGCUACAAAAUGUUUGUUCUGGCUGAUUCAACCACAGGUUACACUUGGAAUUUUUUUAUUUAUGAAGGCAAGCAAUCCGUUUGCUCAGGCCAGGGACUGAGCUAUGACUCAGUUAUGUCCCUCAUGGAUUUUGCCCUUCUUGGCAAGGGGUACCACCUCUACACUGACAGUUUUUACACAAGCCCCAUGCUCUAUUUGGAUCUCCUGAAGAAGGAGACUCUUGCUUGUGGUACCAUCCGUACCAACCGGAAGGGGUAUCCAAGAACAAAAAUCAAUGAUCUCACCAGGCAGGCAAAGAGAGGAACCAUCCGCUGGCACAGACGUGGACAACUUCUUUUUGUAAAGUGGAUGGACACAAGGGAGGUUGUGGUGUGCUCCACAAUGCACAAGGCAUAUGAUGGUGACACAGUGAUGAGGAGAGUAAAAAAUCAGGAGGGGGUUUGGAAUAAAGUGAAUGUUCCAGUUCCUGCAGCGGUCAAGGAUUACAACAGGCACAUGGGUGGAGUCGAUUUGUCGGACACCUUGAUUUCAUAUCACAAUGCCUUACACAAGACAGUCAAGUGGUACGAGACAUUAUUUUACCAUUUCAUUGACAUUGGGAUUGUAAAUAGUUUUAUUUUACAUCAGCAAAUAUCAAAAACAAAUGCACAAGAGGCUCUAACUCAGAAACUCUUUAGAGAGAAACUGAUGUCGGAGCUUGUGGCCUUUUCAGGGGACACCACCCAGGAUGAGUCUGCUGCAGGACCCUCAGGUGAAACAAAACAAUGCCUGCCAGCAUAUUACAGCGAUGACAGUACAGCUGGCAGGUGAAAAUGUGCCAUGUGCAAAAGGUCUGGUGAAAUUGUGAAGACGCCAGUGUACUGCACAAAGUGCGAUGUGGCCAAAAGAAACUGUUUUUACAAAUGGCACAAUAUGGGGCACCACAAAAACCUGUAAAUAUUUGUACCAAAAAAUGUAAAUAGACAUUGUAAAUACAGUAGUUUUGAGUUGAUUGUAUUUUUUCUAUGAUAAUUUUGAUAUUUUUUCAUAAAAUUUGUUUUGCUAAUAA